UGGGGCAGCUCUGCUGUGUGCCUUUCUCUCGAAAUGAGGAAAAAAUCGCGUCCUCGCUUCCGAGAUGACAACGAAAAGGCGAAACUACAGCCGUGCCAAGAAAGGCCACAGCCAUGUGCAGCCCAUUCGCUGCCAGAACUGCACCCGCUGCAUGCCCAAAGACAAGGCCAUGAAGACGUUCAUCAUAAGAAACAUAGUGGAGGCCGCGGCCGUCAGAGACAUUUCCGAAGCGAACGCCUUUGACGCAUGCGUGCUUCCCAAGCUGUACGUGAAGCUGCAUUACUGUGUGAGUUGUGCCAUUCACAGCAAGGUGGUUAGGAACCGGUCACAUGAAGCCCAGAAGGAACGAACCCCCCCACCUUGA